GCAAGAUGUUCUGCCUACAGAGGGCCUUGCGCAGCUACGACAGGAACUGCUGGUGUGUACCGGUAGUUGGUGUUCCGUUCGCUUCCCUUGUAUCAUGCAGUCAUCACGGAAUACUUAAUACGCUAUCGGUGCCUGCACAAAUACCAGGCCCACCGCCGGCUUCUGGCGCUCCUGGAGUCUGCAAAGCUUCGCCAUGCAAGUGCAGUCUCGCAGGCUCAAGUAGCUGGGCAGCCACUUUCGGGGCCCAGCAGGGGCAACCGACAGCAAGGUGACCAACGUAGUCAACAACAGGGCAAGCCACCCGAACUACCGCUAUGGGGGCCCGGUGGAUGCGACAGCGGAGGUAGGGAUGCCUCCUUGACAAGGGCCCACCAGCCUAAAGCAUACCCUCAACAACAGAUCAGCAGCAGACCAGGUACUGCACCCGUAUCGUGCAUAGUCGGGACCAGCGGAGUUCGCGCGUCGCCGGUCCAGGUACCGUCUAACUCUAGGCAGGAGCGGGUCGUGGCAAGCUCCAAGAACCCCGCAUCAGCAGACGGCGCUAUUGUCCGCCCUCCUUGGCGUGGGCCUUUCAGCCGGGAGCCGCCCGCAUCUAGCGCACGCCAUUCUCCUUCCGUGGCCAGUCAUCGCAGAGUGGAAGAUGGGCGUGUGGAGAGGCAGCUGCCCCAGCCGCAGCAACGGCAGCGAACGGGUCGGGGAGGCGCAUGCAUGGAUGCUGAGAACGCUGCGCCCUGCGACAGCGGUGGUGGUGGUGGUGCUGAUGAAAGUGCGGUGGCUGGAGCGGUUGCACGAGCGUUGGGCGAGCUAGCAGCAGCGGCGGCCAUGUCCAUACUGACGCGGCCGGAGCCGCGCCAGGCAGCUGGAGGCCCAGCGGUCGCCAACAGUCGGAGAAGUGAUCGAGGACGUGCUGGGCGAGGAACGGCUGCCACGGGUUCUGCUUGUAAUCUACGUGCAUCUGCCACCGCUGAGCCCUCUGCAGCGUCGUCAGGGGUUGCAGCCUUGCGUAAGGGCUGUUCCACCGCCCUUGCGCAAGCGGAGCCGGCAGCUGUUCCCUGUCAGGUGAACGAAUUGCAGGCGGCAGGACGCGGCGUAGAAACGGCACCAGCUGCAGUGGCCUCAACUGGGGCGGAGACGGUUGCCGAGGGCAUGCAUGCCGCGCUUCCCAACCCACGAAGCGGUGAAGCUGUGCAGCCACCUUGCCUCCCAGACUCACUGCCCGGCAACAAGGGCGGCCGUGAGCAAUGCGCCGCUGUACAGUGGGACAGUCCACAUGGCGUGCCCGCGUCUGCGCAGGGCUCGGGCCUAUCUACCUCUGACCGUAGCUGCUCUCACGACGGCCAUGGGAACAAGGCCUGUCUGCCGGGAGAACAUGAUGGCAGCGGGCUUGGCGUGGCCACCUUUCCAGCGGUGGACAGGGUGAUGCAGCGACGGGAGCGAUUGGCAGCGCUGCUUCGGAGCCGCGGCCACAACGCUGUACCCGACACUCUGGCGGAAUCCGCAAGGCUAGCUGACAUGCGUGUGGCCACUCACGUUCCUGUAGCCACGUCAUCGGUAGUCCAGCCCACCGGCACACCCUGUGGAGAGGUGUUCGCUAUCGCAGAGGCCCCAGGAGGUCUAGGCGGUGCCGCAGCCAAAGCAUCUGGACCCGGGACAGCAGCAAUCAAUGGGAUGUGCUGUGGGCGCGCCACGGCGCAUGCUCCAAGUAAAGCCCUAGACGGCCGGGAUGUAGGCCCGGUCGCGGACACUCUUGGGACAUGUAGUAGGAAAACCUGGACCGAGGAGCCCUCUGGCGGUGGUGCUGUGAAUGCCAAUAUGAGGCACGCAAGUGGCGGGAAGAUGCCGAAGUUUAGGAAUGCCAGCAGCGGCGAUGGUGCUGUACAAGCAACGGCGGCCUCUGAUGCAUAUGCGGCCAUGAGGGCCUGGCGCGCACGACGAGCGGAUGCUGCCGCCGUCAUUUGCGACGCCGUCCGUCACUUCUUAGACGCGAGGGCUGCUGCGGAGGACGCAAGGGUGGCUGCAGCUGCAAGUAGCUUAGCAUAUGGGAUGCGGCGACGCCUUCUAACGGCGUGGCAGC